CAAUAAUUGGUGUUGUGAAUUAUCGAGUGCACCACUAAAAUGUCAGUUGUUCAGUAAUUAGAACAUUUAUUAAAAUCAAAGCACCAUUGAAUGAACAGGGUAUUAUUUGCUGAUAAUGACGAGUUAACUUCAAAAUUUACGGUUUGAGUUUUAAAGAAUUAACGAAAUAAUUAAUAAUAAAUUAAAAUAAUACAGAAUUUUUUUUUUAAGUUAAAACAAGUAUUUAUUUUUUUAUUUUUAUUUCAGAUAACUUGAUUAGAUAACUGUGUGUUAAAAUGACACCAAAAGCUCUAGCUAAAAAAAAGAAGUCGGUUCAAAACCGCCAGAGAUGCCAAUAUACUCCUGAGGAUUUAGAAAAUGCUGUGAAUAGUAUAAGAAAUUCAGAAUUAAGUAUGAACAAAGCUAGUCAGACAUAUAAUAUACCAAAGGCUACUUUAUCUAGUAAAGUAAAACACAAUCAUGCUGUUCACUGUAAGCUAGGUCGCUCAACGAUUUUGACAACAGACGAAGAGGAUAAAAUAAAAAAUUUGAUCUUAAAUAAAGCUAAAUUGGGUUUCCCUAUGUGUCGUGAGGAUGUUAAGAAUGCUGUUCAAAAAGUUUUAAAGGAAAUGAAACGUGAUAACCCUUUUAUUGAUGAUCGUCCUGGAUGCAAAUGGAUGGAAUUAUUUUUAAAUAGGCAUGCCGAAAUAAGUUUAAGAAACAGUGAAGUUUUAUCAAAAGCUAGGGCUUGUGUGACAGAAGAAGGAAUUAGAGAAUGGUUCACUGGUUUACAAAAUCAUAUUGAAAUCGAUCUUGGACUACAAGAAUUUUUCAAGUCUCCGGAGCGUAUUAUUAAUUUAGAUGAACUUGGUAUGUCUCUGUGUCCAAAGACUGGGAAAGUUUUAGGCCCAAAAGGAGAAAAAAAUUUGUACAGAAUCGCUACAGGAAUAGAAAAACAGUCUAUCAGCGUCCUUUGUUCUUUUUCUGCAGAUGGAAACUCUUUUGACCCGAUGAUAAUUUAUGCUUAUAAAAAAAUGCCUCUAGAUAUUGCUAACUCCCUUCCUAAGGGAUUUGCAAUAGGACGAAGUGAUACUGGUUGGAUUAAUAGUGCUAAUUUUUAUGAGUACAUUGCUAAUGUAUUAUACCCUCGCCUUAUUGAAAGAGGAACAAAGUUUCCAGUUUUGAUAUUAUGCGAUGGGCAUAAAUUACACAUUAACAUGGAUCUUCAUCGUUUCUGCGUAGAUAAACAAAUUAUUCUAUAUUGUCUCGUACCAAAUUCAACGCAUAUUUUACAGCCAUGUGAUAUUGGCAUAUUUUAUCCUCUUAAGUUGAGUGGAAAAAAGUGGUAGCAGAUCAUUCUCAAACAUCAACCACAUCUAUUACUAAAGUCAAUUCCACAUCCAUGUUUAAAAAAGCAUACGGCAAAGCAGUGAAACCGGAAAUUGUUAAGAAAGCAUUUGAAGCAUGCGGACUUUGUCCAUUUAAUCCUGACCGGGUUGACUACUCGA